AUGAAUGUGACAUAUCUGGUGUGGUAUUAUCGUCGCUUACUUCAUUGCCAUUGCUUAUUUUGACACAUGGCGGUAUAAGUGAAUUUCUGACGUCCUGUAUGAUGAUCAGUCAUGAAGACUAGGGUGAACGUGCCAGUGUGAGAUUUUACUGGUUUAUUUUUCACAGAUUUGAUCAUGUCGUCGGCGUGGACAGCGCGCCAAGGGGAAGUGGGUGAUCUGAGCAGCAAGAGUAAAGAUCAGCUCUUGGAGAUACUGUCACGACAAGAAAAGUUACUGUCUAAUAAGAGAUUUCUUCAGAGCCUUCCAGAUAAGGGAAAGAAGAUUGCUGACUUUGUGGAGAAAGUACACAUUGCACUUGGACAUCUGGAGGAGGAGGAGAGAAAACAAGCAAGUUUAAUCUCUGUCCGGACAGAGUUUCAGGCUAAAUAUCAGCAUGCCCUUGCCAAGCGAAGCACAGAUAAGCAUUUAGAAUCCAAUUUGGACAUGAUUAUCCCAUCCCAUGACAGAAACCAAGCCAAUGUCAAUAUCGAUGCGGCUAACAUACAGGAAAAUGGUGGUCUGUUGGGCCAAGAGGAGUCUUUGACAUCCCAGCCUGAGCCUGCUGAAACGCUACAAACAGCCGGUGGGAAUGCAGCAGCUUCACUGAUGAAAGACACAGAGCUUGUGGAGGUGUUUGGACGAGUAACUCUUGAUGAAAGUAACAGUGGCUCCUACCAAGACACCAUAAAAGCUCUGUCUCCUAGUAAGCCCUUUCAGGGUAAUCAGCAACAGAAGAAACCACAUUACAUAGAAGUUCUGGAGAAGACAGAGAAAAGUGUGAAUAUGAGGAAGCCCAGAUUCAAACCAAACCAGUUAGCUGUGAAAUCCGAGUCUUCAUCACCUAGUCAGGCCUCUGGCAGCACCACACCACUUAUUGCAGAGGCCAGAAGACAACGAGACCGAAAACACCUGGAUGACAUCACUGCGGCCCAGCUUCCACCCCUGCACCACAGUCCUGCCCAGCUGCUGUCAUUAGAGGAGUCGGCUGACCUUCUGCAAGAGCAGACCAGAAAACACCUGGAGUUGCAGGCCAAACAAGUUGCCCAGAAGCUGGCAGAUGGUCUGAGUUUCAAGAUGGAGAGUUACAACCCAGAAGGAGGCCCACUGGCAGCCUACAGAGAGGUGCAUGAUGAUGGGGCCCAGCUUUCCUCAGAGGAGGACUGAUCGUGGGGCCCUACAGAGAGGGCACUGGCUUGUUGAUAUGUUUGGCCCCUUGCCCUGGACCAACUCUAGGCCUAGAGCCCAUGCUUCAGGACCCUGGAGAGAGGCUUUCAGCCUGAGGACAAGAGAAGGGCUCUUCAUGAACUGUGCUGACAAUGUCUUGGAUUCUGCCAUUGAAGAUAAAUAACAGCAGGUUGAAUCAAGUUAA